AUGGUCGACCCUCAUACAGUUGAUGAUGUUGUAAUGGAAGACGAAUACGACGAAGAUGCCGACAGUGAUUUCCAAGAGGAUGGUCUUGCUGCAGAUGCCUCCGAACCCUCCUCUGACGAUGAUCACGACGACAGUGCUGCACAACCUCCCACAAAGAAGCGCAAGGUCGAUCAUGCAGUCGCUCCACUUAUCCAGGAACUGGACUCUGGUGACGAGGCCACGAUCAAAGAACAAAACAAACACCGUCGGAAACAGAAAAAGACAGGCAAUGACAACCUGGAUGUGAGCGAAAAUGACUCUGAUGGAUGGAGGGCCCGCACCCGGGCCAUGCGUGAGAAGGAAAAAGAUGAGCGGAAAAGGAAUAAGCUUGCGACCAGCAAAGGCAGCACCAUCGAUGUCGACAAGAUAUGGGAAGAGAUGAAUCGACCGGCUCCCAUUGGUGUAACCCGGAUAGAAGAAGAUGAUCUCGAUAAGACUCUCGCUCCGGAUUCCAAGUCGAACAAUGCCCCGGUUGUAGAAGAGGACAAGGAGAACCACCCGGCUUCAGAUGCUGUCGCCGAAGAUAUGAUCACGAUCAAACGAACCUAUAAGUUCGCAGGUGAGAUCCACACAGAAGAGAAGACUGUGCCCAAGUCUUCGGCUGAAGCACAGCUCUGGCUAUCACAACAUCACUCAUCCAAGCCUGAAAUGCUGACGCCAGAUGGGCACAUUGUUCAGAGGCCCUUGCGGACCUUUUCCCGCUUUGACCCAAACCUGAGCAACUUGGACGCCUUCAAGUCCUCGUGGGUGGGUAGAAAUACUGAAAGCACUGAUUUCAAAGGACCCAAACUCAAUGUUGUGGAAAAGAGCAAGAUGGAUUGGGCUGUGCAUGUGGACAGCGAGGGUCUGAAAGAUGAACUGGAUACCCAUGCCAAGGCAAAGGAGGGAUAUCUCAACAGGAUGGACUUCUUGAAAGAUGUCGAGCAACGCAAGGAGGAUGAAGCCAGAGAAGCUAGACUGAAGGGCCGUUAG